AUGUGGCGGCGGCUGAGUAAACGAUUUUAUUGCAAAAUUGCAACGAAAGCGACUGAAAAAGCACCCAAAUUGGACUUUAAGCAGCUAACGCAUCCCACAAAGGUGCCGCAGACGCCGGUUGACACCGCCUUUCCUGACACAAACAGCGCCAGCCACAUCGAGAUCGACACAAAAACCAUUCAGCUGCUGGAGCGCCUGUCUCUGGUGGAUCUGGACAGCGAGCGGGCACUUGCCACGCUCAAGAGCAGCAUCCAGUUCGCGGACAAGAUCGCUCACAUCGACACAGACCACGUGCGCCCACUCUACACGGUACUGGAGCAGCAGCAGCUCCAGUUACGCAACGACCAGGUGACUGAGGGCGACUGCCGGCGCCAGGUGCUGCGCAACGCAAGGGUGACCGACGAGGACUACUACGUCUCCCCGCCGGGCAACAUUCCGCUGGAACAAUGA